AUGGAGACGAUCAAGGGACUCCAAAAACGAUUCCCCUCCACCGAUAACCUGCCGACUCUCAAGUCGCUACAAUUCACAUCCCUCAAGGAUGCCUCCGAAAAGAUAACGCCGCGACUCUCUUUCUUCAAGAAGCGGAUACGGAUACGCGGCAACAGCAAGAUCAGUGUGCCACUAUACCUGGUCCUGCUGUUCCCCUGCAUUGUGGUAAUAGUAAUACUGCUGCUUUUCGUGCGGCAUCCUGCGUCCCCUGGAGGACGCUUAAUACCCACUGGAGCGCCGCCCAGUAUACGGAAAAUCAACGAGAAGCACGACAAGGUCUUCGUUAAUGGCUGCUUAGACCCAGCGAUCACUUCCAAGGAGACCGAGCGCAUGAAUGCAGCCUUCGUGGUACUAGCACGGAACAAAGAGCUGGAUGGCGUGAUUGAAAGUCUGAAGAGCGUGGAAAGGCACUUCAACCGCUGGUUCCACUACCCAUAUGUCUUCCUCAACGAUGGAGACUUCAACAGCACCUUCAAGGAGACCGUGCAAAACUACACCAGCGGUAACGUGGAGUUUGGAAAGAUUGGGUCAGAUCACUGGGGAUACCCAGACUGGGUUGACACAAACGUAGCCAAGGAGGGCAUCAGAAAACAAGGAGAUGCAGCCAUCAUGUAUGGUGGCAUGGAGUCAUACCAUCACAUGUGCAGAUUCUACUCUGGCUUCUUCUACAAGCACGAGCUGCUACAGAAGUAUGACUGGUACUGGCGAGUCGAGCCCGAGAUCAAGUACUUCUGCGACAUUACCUACGAUCCGUUCGUGCACAUGGCGCGGAAUAACAAGACGUACGGCUUCACGAUCGCUGUGAAGGAGUUGAAAGAGACGGUUCCAAACAUCUUCCGAUAUGCGUCCGCGUACAAGCGCACGCACAACAUCACUUCACAAGGCCUGUGGGAGAUGUUCACAGAGCCGAAGGAAGGCUACAACCAGGAUGGUACUCCCAAGCCAGGCACCAUUCCUCCGGACCAGCUGCCAAAGGAAGAUCCCAGAUACGCGGACGAGAAGCACAAGCCGCUGCCUGAAGAUAUCCUGCGGACAGAGCCCGGGCAGGGAACACUUCCAGACAUCGACCCUGAAGCGAUGGAGGGCGAGAUCUAUAACAUGUGCCAUUUCUGGUCGAACUUCGAGAUUGCGAGGUUAGAUUGGUUCAGGAGUAAGGAGUACGAAGAGUUCUUCCAAAUGAUGGACAGGUCUAGCGGAUUCUGGAUGGAAAGGUGGGGAGAUGCACCCAUCCACUCCCUCGCAGCCGGUGCUCUCCUUGGACCCAAGGACAUUCACUACUUCCGAGACUUUGGCUACAGACACACGACGAUCCAGCAUUGUCCCGCAAACGCUCCAGCGCGGCAACUUCCCCGAGAACCUUACCUCGAACAAACCACCCUCGAUGAAAAGGCACGAAAAGAGGAAGACGAAUACUGGGCGAAGUGGGAUACCGAAAAGGAGAACGGUGUCGGCUGCAGAUGUCGCUGCGACACUGACAUUGUCGAAGUCGAGAACAAGGAAGGAAGCUGCAUACCCGAAUGGGUAGAUAUCGCAGGUGGCUACAUCACACCUGAAGGGCCCGGAUGA